AUGGACAAAGGAAAAUCUCACACCUCAAAUCCUGCGCCCCCCAAAAACCCCUACCAACACCCUCACCUAAACCCUAACCAAAGCCACCCCCCUGACCCAAAUCUGAGGUCCACAAGCACCUCACACCCACCAUCACCGACUCUAGCAAGCUCCUCUGCUAAGGAAAUGCACAACGCGGAACCCCCCAUAGAAGGUGGCCUCAUUGAGCUCCAAUGUGAAGAGGAAAUGAGUGAGGAGCUGGCUCGGCGUACCCUAGUAGGAAAGGUGAUCUAUGAUAAGGUUAUAAACAAGACUGCCAUGAAGACUAUCCUAUCCAAGGCUUGGGGAGAUCCUAUAGGACUACAAAUGACUGAAAUGGGACCAAACUGUCUCAUUUUCACCUUCCAAGAGCAAUCCACUGCAAGGAAGGUGUUAAAGGAGGGACCUUGGAGUAUUAUGGGGAACCUCUUAAGUCUACAACUCUGGGCACCUCAAAUGACCAUCUACGAGGUCAGAUUUCAUAGGAUCUCAUUCUGGGUUCAGCUACAUGGACUUCCACUUGACAUGAUGACAACUAGUAACGCUACACGCAUUGCAUCUAUACUGGGAGAACCCCUUGAAGUUGAGGAUCCUCGAGUUGCUGGGAAGCUACUCCGACCUUUCUUCAGGGUUAGGGUUAGCAUCAAUACCAAUAACCCCUUUGUCACUGGGUUUUGGGUUCCCAGGAAAAGACUACCUAAGGUCUGGAUAACCCUAAAAUAUGAAAAAUUACAAGGAUAUUGCUACAAUUGUGGUGUUGCUGGCCAUGAACAAAAAGGGUGCAAAGCCGCCAGAGCCUUAUCCUCCUAUAAUCCCAGCAUGCCUCGGUUCUCUAAAAGUCUUGGAGUUCCACAGGCUCGGAGUCUUGCUUCAUUAGCCGCAGCCAAAAACUAUGGAGGAAUCCCUCGCAGAUCUGAUAACAGGCCCUCAAGUGAUAAGGAGGAAUUUAACCCUGAGCCCUCUGAACCAGAACAAAUUGAUCAGGAAUUGAGAUACUGGCAACGCAAACUCUCCCCUGACCUCGAGGCCAAUGGUGAGCAACAAGAGGGAGAAGAUAGCAUCAGUGGUGAUGAUACAGAAGAGCAAGAAACAACUUCUUCACUUAACCCAACCACCUCUGGGGAAGAAGCUGCCAUUAUCAAUCCCCCAAGCAUACCCCCUGAAGCACCGCCAACCCCUAACCAACACCCCAAUACAACUUCUACUGCACCUACACCUGACCCUCAAUUUGUGAGACAAAUGAUUAGCCCUGGACCCCCAAUGGUGAAGGUGUUCUACAACAAGGCUCUUGUUGAAUAUGGUGCAAAGGAGAAGCAGUUUAAUUACUAUGUCGAGUUCCCUGAUGAAGAACAAACCAAUGACACAUCUCCCCUGCAAAACCUCGACACCGAAUGCAUCCAGAACCUAUCUGAGGAUUUCACUGAAACUCUUUCCCUCAAGAGAGGAAGAGAAGACUCAGACUCUACAGACCUAGCAGAGGGUAGAAGGAUCAAGAGGCUGAUGAUCACAAACACCACAGAGGAGUUCUCACAUCAAUUCUCUACGGCUGAGGAGGCGGGCCAAUCCAUGCCCCCAACCCCCAAAUGA